GAGAAUGCCCGGUUGGGGAAGAAUCCACUGCGUUCAGACAAUCUGCUUUAUGAGUGCUGGAUUCGACCAGUUUGCCGAAGGGAAGAACGGGGCUGACUCGACCAUAGGAGGCGUAGCUCUGCCGUGCUUAGAUGGAGACCUCCAGAAAAGAGUAAAGAAUGGCUGUUGAAUUGAACAUCAUCCAUAAAGCAUUUGCAAGACUGUGAAUCAAGGUUGAGACCAAGAAAUUAUUUCUGAAAAAGGAUAUUUAUGGAAUAGAAUCAUCCUGAUGGAAGAUAAUGGAAAGACUUACAAAACACAACACUGAGUGUUCAAGUUUCAGAGGUGAUUGGGAAUGGAAAAGCCAGUUUGAGAGAAAACAGAGAUCUCAGGAAGGACAUUUCAGUCAUAUGAUAUUCACUUCUGAAGACACGCCCACAUUUAGUACCCAGCAUAAGAAGGUUCACACUGAUGAGAAACUCCUUGAAUGUAAGGAAUGUGGAAAGGAUUUUGGUUUUGUAUCAGUCCUUAUACGACAUCAGCAAAUUCAUACUGGUGAGAAACCUUAUGAGUGUAAAGAAUGUGGUAAGGCCUUUGGUAGUGGUGCAAACCUUGCAUAUCAUCAGAGAAUUCACACUGGUGAAAAGCCUUAUGAAUGUAAGGAAUGUGGAAAGGCCUUUGGUAGUGGCUCAAACCUUACUCACCACCAGAGAAUUCACACUGGUGAGAAACCAUAUGAAUGUAAGGAAUGUGGGAAAACCUUUAGCUUUGGAUCAGGUCUUAUUCGACAUCAGAUCAUUCAUAGUGGUGAAAAGCCAUAUGAGUGUAAGGAAUGUGGGAAGUCUUUUAGUUUUGAAUCAGCUCUUAGUCGGCAUCACAGAAUUCACACAGGUGAGAAACCUUAUAUAUGUAAAUAUUGUGGGAAAGCCUUUGGCAGUGGUUCAAACCUUACUCAACAUCAGAGGAUUCAUACUGGUGAGAAACCUUAUGAGUGUAAAGCAUGUGGAAUGGCAUUUAGCAGUGGUUCGGCCCUUAAUCGGCAUCAGAGAAUUCAUACAGGUGAGAAACCAUAUAUAUGUUUCGAAUGUGGAAAGGCCUUUAGUUUUGGAUCAGCCCUUACUAGACAUCAAAGAAUUCACACUGGUGAGAAACCUUAUAUAUGUAAGGAAUGUGGGAAAGCUUUUAAUAGUGGUUCAGAUCUCACUCAACAUCAGAGAAUUCACACUGGUGAGAAACCUUAUGAGUGUAAGGAAUGUGAGAAAGCCUUUAGAAGUGGUUCAAAACUUAUUCAGCAUCAAAGAAUGCACACUGGGGAGAAACCCUAUGAGUGUAAGGAAUGUGGCAAGGCAUUUAGUAGUGGUUCAGAUCUUACUCAACAUCAGCGAAUUCAUACUGGUGAGAAGCCAUACGAAUGCAGAGAAUGUGGGAAGGCCUUUGGUAGUGGCUCAAAACUUAUUCAACACCAGCUGGUUCAUUCUGGUGAAAAACCCUAUGAAUGUAAAAAAUGUAGAAAGUCCUUUAAUAGUGUUUCUGGUCUUAAUAGGCACCAGAGAAUACACUGAUAUCACACUGGUCAGAAACCUUAUGAAUGUAAGGAAUGCGGACUUAGCCCCAUGUUCCAGAAUGGAGUUAGCGGCCACACCAGAUGUCAUUCUUUGGAGAAACCAUAUAAGUGUAAAGAAUGUGGGAAAGCAUUCCGUCGGGCCUCACACCUAACUCAACAUCAGAGUAUUCAUACUGGUGAAAAACCCUAUGAAUGUAAGCAGUGUGGGAAGGCCUUUAGUCGAGAUUCUCAGCUCAGUCUUCACCAGAGACUUCAUACUGGUGAGAAACCAUAUGCAUGCAAAGAGUGUGGGAAGGCCUUUACUCAAAGUUCACAACUUAUUUUACAUCAUAGAAUUCAUACUGGUGAGAAACCAUAUAAAUGUGAAGAAUGUGGAAAAGCCUUUAUUCGUAGCUCACAACUCACCCGUCAUCAAAAAGUCCAUACUGGUGAGAAACCUUAUGAAUGUAAAGAAUGUGGAAAGGCCUUUACUCAGAACUCGCAACUUACUCUGCACCAGAGACUUCAUACUGGUGAGAAAUUGUAUGAAUGUAAAGAAUGUAGAAAGGUUUUUACUCAGCUCUCACAGCUUAUUCUGCAUAGAAGAAUUCAUACUGGUGAGAAACCUUAUGAAUGUAAGGAAUGUGGGAAGGCUUUUAUUUGUGGUUCACAGCUUUCUCAACAUCAGAAAAUUCAUAAUGGGGAAAAACCAUAUGAAUGUAAAGAAUGUGGAAAGGCCUUUAUUCGGGGCUCACUUCUAAUGCAACAUCAAAGGAUUCAUACUGGUGAGAAACCCUACAAGUGUGAAGAAUGUGGGAAGGCCUUUAUCCGUGGUUCACAACUUACUCAACACCAGAGAAUUCACACUAAUGAGAAGCCCUAUGAAUGUAAGGAAUGUGGAAAAACCUUUAGUCAUGGCUCACAACUUACUCAGCAUCAAAGAAUUCAUACUGGUGAAAAGCCCUAUCAAUGUAAGGAAUGUGGAAAGGCCUUUAAUCGUGGCUCACUCCUUACACGACAUCAGAGAAUUCACACUGGUGAGAAACCAUAUGAAUGUAAAGAAUGUGGAAAAAACUUUAGUCGUGGCUCAGAACUUACUCAGCAUGAGAGAAUUCACACUGGUGAGAAACCCUAUGAAUGUAAGGAAUGUGGAAAGUCUUUUAUUCGAGGCUCACAGCUUACUCAGCAUCAAAGAAUCCAUACUGGUGAAAAACCUUAUGAAUGUAAAGAGUGCAGAAUGGCCUUUACUCAGAGUUCACAUCUUUCUCAACAUCAGAGACUUCAUACUGGUGAGAAGCCCUAUGUGUGUAAUGAAUGUGGGAAGGCCUUUGCUCGUGGUUUAUUGCUUAUUCAACACCAGAGAAUUCACACAGGUGAAAAACCAUAUCAAUGUAAGGAAUGUGGGAAAGCCUUUAUUCGUGGUUCACAGCUUACUCAACAUCAGCGAAUUCACACUGGAGAGAAACCUUAUGAAUGCAAGGAAUGUGGAAAGGCUUUUAGUCAUGGCUCUCAACUUACACUACACCAGAGAAUCCAUACUGGAGAAAAGCCCUAUGAAUGCAAAGAAUGUAGAAAGGCCUUUACUCAGAGCUCACAUCUUUCUCGACAUCAGAGAGUUCACACUGGUGAAAAACCAUAUCAGUGUAAGGAAUGUGGAAAGUCUUUCACUCGUGGUUCACAACUUACUCAACAUCAGAGAACACAUAUCACUGAUAAAUCUUUUGACUAUAAAGAAUGUGGACUGGGCUUUAGUAAUGAUUCCCAAGUUUUUCUAUGAAUUAACCUGAUGUUUUGUGAUUGACAUAUCUUUUUGUUGUCAUCUAUUAUCUGUAAAGAAUUCUACAAGUGGGAAUAUGGGACACAUUUGUGUGAUACAACUCAGCAUCAAGAGACUUUAAAUAGGGAAUGGAGUUAUUAAUCAAUGUAGAAAAACCUUUUAUUGCUGUAAUCCUAAUAAACUUUAGCCAAUUAAAAUAGAAAAAGAAUUUUGUUACUACACUAAAUGCAAGAAGGCCUUUAGCCA